AUGACUUUGGACGAAGCAGAAGAGGCCAUUGAUCGAAUUAAGGCAUCAAGCCAGAAUACAUGUGUCAAAAUUUUAACUAAAAUUGUAUCAAAUCUGUCAAUCAAAUUCUUUAACAGACACAACAAUCAGACACAAGGAGAAGCUACACUUAUUAUUGAAAAUAUUCGUCCUUACCUGAAUAAUUGUAUUGUUUCUCGAAUUGAAUCGGUUAAAUUUGAAUGGCUAACCUACAGAUUGUCUCUGCCACCCGAUGGCCAGAUUAUGAUUCCGGACUUAGUGCUUUUUAUUGAACCUAAUUCAGGCACCAAUUACGAGUUGUUCUUUGUAGAAGUAAAGAGAAAAUGCAAUUACCAGAACAACCACUUGGAAGACGACCUAGUUAAACUGGGAAAAGAGAUGCAUACGGCGUUGAACAAGUUGGUGAAGAAGAAGGUUAGAAAUCCUGAAGUUGUUGGAUUACUAGUAGAAGAUUGUCGCGCAGUUGCCUAUAAACUUAAAUUAGCAACUCCUCUUGGAUAA